AUGCCAAACAACGCAUCCAUGCCAAUAGCAAGGAGCCUCCUAGAAAGACAGAUCACCUACUCUGAGGCAAGGAAGGAGGAGACGACAAAUAUUUUACAAGAGUUGACCUACGUGACCUUGGCCGCAUCUUUUAGAGAUCACAUUGAAAAGAAGAGUGCAACCAUCAAGGCCAUUGUUGCUCAUCAUCUCUAUUUGACUCCAGCCUCGUGUCGCGUCAAUAUUUCAGACCGCUCUGAAUGGUUAAAUGGCAGCUUCAACCUUUGUGUCCCAGUCUCCAUUCAAAACCAGAACCAAAAAAGUAGCCGACGGGUGCUCAUGCGCUUUCCUCUCCCAUAUAAGGUAGCAGGACCUAACAAUGGGGACGAAAAAAUUCGAAACGCUUCUCUUUUGAACAGAUGUCUUCAAUAUCUUAAAAGACAGAUAUUAUCUCUGUUCCGAUGUCCUGCCCCCUGCCAGUACAUGAAACACCAGACUUCUGCACCAGAUGAACUUGGCAUUGGCUAUUUGCUACUUGACUAUGUCGAAGAUGGGAAAAUGCUGUCUCAGUCAUAUGCUGAGCAAAGCCAAGAUACAACACUUAGGAGCAACCUUUUCAGGGAUUUGGCCAAAAUUCAACUUACCCUCUCCCAAAAGCCAUUGCCGUGCAUUGGGUCGCUCACUAUUGAUGAUGAUGGAAUCUUGAGUCUCAACAAUCGGCCUUUCACUUUGGAAGUCUGUCAAAUGGAAAACGAGAAAAUUCCCGUUGAAAUGUCACGAGGAAUAACUUAUUCAACUGUUGACACCUACAUUCAUGACCUUUUGUCUCUUCAUGACAACCGAUUACGUUACCAGCCAAAUGGAGCCUCGAGUAUACAGGAUUGCAUCAGCCAGAUGUCCGCAUUGUCAACCAUGAGAACUAUAUAUUCCGAAUUUUUUGACCGCAAGCUACGAUCGGGACCAUUUAUCCUUACCCUUACCGAUUUGCAUACAAGCAACUUCUUUGUCGAUGAUAACUGGCAUAUCACGAACCUGGUUGAUCUUGAAUGGGCGUGUAUUCGUCCUAUUGAAAUGCAACACCCUCCAUAUUGGUUGACAAGUCAGGCAGUAGAUAGAAUUGAUGAAGACCGAUACAGUGAGAUAUGCAGUGAAUUCAUAGAUGUUUUGGAGGAAGAGGAGAAGAAGAUGGUGGAGGAGAGGCUCCUUGAAAUGGUGGAGGACGACCUCUCUUAUACAGAGCUUUUGAAAAGAUUAUGGAGAAAAGGGACAUUCUGGUAUUGUUUGGCACUAGAUAGUCCAACCGGACUCCAUCACAUCUUCUACAAUCGCAUCCGACCCAGAUACCAAAUCCCAUACAAACAACCCGAAGAAUCCAAGUUUGAUGAUGCCUUUUAUAUCGCCGCCCCAACUUUCUGGAGUUCUAAGGCUUGGGACUUCAUGAUCUCGAAAGCUGAAGAUAAAGAGCAAUAUGACAAGCAGCUCCUAAAUGCCUUCCAAGUGCAUUCCCUUUGA